AACAACUUAUUUAUGUUUUUCUCAACCCGAAUCCCGGAAAACAAUAAAGGAAAAGAAUUUGAGAGAAAAAGAAGGAAGCAGUAAUUAAUAAAGCUGCAGAGAAAGGAGGAAGAAGGAAUAAAAAGAAGAUCCACCUCGAACUACUCUGUUCUGCUUUGAGGCUUUGUUGUUGCAGAACUUGGAGCUGCUUGUUAAAUGUUUGUUUGUUAUCAAGGGUAUUUUGUGAGUAACGAUAAUGAGGGAAGAAGACUCGAAUUGGUUCUCAAGAUGGGAGGAGGAGCUGCCGUCCCCGGAGGAGCUGAUGCCGCUUUCCCAAACCCUAAUUACGCCUGAUCUUGCUCUCGCAUUCGAUAUUCGUAACCCAAACCAGAACUACCAGCUGCCUCCUCCUCCUCCUCCUCCUGUUGCUGCUCUUCCUCUUCCGUCGCCUGCAGUUGUGCAGCCUCCUAUGCCCACCUCUUCCGAAUUCGCCUCCGAUUCCGGGGACUUGGGGUCCGGGGGUGCCGGAGAUGAGCCCGCACGCACGCUCAAGCGGCCUCGACUCGUGUGGACCCCACAGCUGCACAAGAGAUUCGUUGACGCAGUGGCUCAUUUGGGGAUCAAGAACGCUGUCCCCAAGACCAUAAUGCAAUUGAUGAGUGUUGACGGUUUGACCAGAGAAAACGUCGCUAGUCAUUUGCAGAAAUAUCGCCUUUAUCUGAAGAGAAUGCAAGGCUUAUCUGGUGGUGGCGGCGGGGAUCCCAACGGCGGAGCUGGCACUGCCGGGUUGAGUGCUACGGCUGAUCCAGCUACUGACCAUUUGUUUGCAAGCUCACCGGUUCCACCCCACUUCCUUCAUCCUAGUAGGGGUAAUUCAGAGCAUUUCUUGCCGUUUGUGCCAGUGCCGGCGCUGCAGCGUCAACACCAUCACCAGCAACAACAGCAAAUGGUGGCAGCCGCAGUAGGACAUCCGCAUUUACAGAGUCAGUAUCAUAGGCAAUUGGGGCAUUUUGGGUCAUCAUCAAAUGGCCAAUUCGAGCAUGCCUUCAUAAGUAGGCAGAAUCAGCAACCACUGCAUAGGAUGGGUGGGACACCCCUGCAUAACCGAGUUCCCAGUAGUCAUGUCGAAGACUUGGAAUCUGCCAACGGGAAUGGUGGAAGGAAGGUUCUCACUUUAUUUCCAUCAGGAGAUGAUUGAUUCACAAUUAUUGUCACUCCAUUUUCACCAUUCUACUCUUCUUCUUUAUGUUCAUUAGUCCUUUCAUUCUAGUUUCAUCAUGUAGAAUCUUGAGGGGUACUGGUAAUUGGCAAAUGAGUAAAUUGCAGUUCUUUAAUCCCAGUUUUCAUCUUAAGCUGGUAGGGAGUGUAUUUAAUCUAGUUCUAGUCUCUUCAAUACUUUCUGCCACUUAGUAGAGUCAAUUGCAGCUUGAGUUCUUUCAUAAUUUUCAGUUCUGCAGACUUCCGUGCCUGUAACUAAGUCGUUACCGUCUUCGUUCUCGGUCAGCGUU